UUAGAGUAGAGGAUACGCUUUCUUCAUAUUCAGGGAUGCCUAAUUUAUGUCGAUGAAAAAAGGAAAAGUUUUAUUCGACCAAAGAAGCGCCGAUAAAAGGAAAGUAAAUAAAGAUGCUUAAGAUUUCAAGGCUGGAUAUCAACCUGCCUGCAGAUCUAGUUCAGACAUGUGCUGGUGUGAGGGAGAGCCAACUCUGCAAGUUUAUUGCAACAAACAGUCAGGGAGAGUUUCAGCACAGCAUUGAGGUGCGUGGUAAGCAGAACAAUGUGAUCUCACUGGAGCUUUCUAACCUGUCAAUCUCCUUCCAAGAUGGACACUUUGUGGCUGAAGUAGAGCAAGCACUGAAAGUGUUUCAGGGAAGAUCAGAGACUGAGAAUGAGGCUGUUAUUCCAGAUGCCCACGUCACCAGCAGUCAAAAUGCAGAACUGGAGAGCAGUCACUCAGACAGUGGUCAACCACCUGACCAGGUGACCCCUCAAGACCAUUAUGUAAGUCAAGUUCCCAUGGCAACGAAUGUUACACAGGGCCACCAACCUACUCCUGAGCCUUCUCCUCGGAGAUUAUUUAGAAAUAUUUCUAGGAAGAGGCCUGCUGAAACUGUCACAAGUGGUGCAAUGAAAUUCCCAAGAAUAAUCCAAGAAGAGAGACUGCCAAGUUUAACAUCAGGCACAACUACCACAGCACUGACACAACAAACACAUUCGGACACAAAACAGACUGAGGAAGUCAGUGUAGAGGAGUCUAGGCAUGAUAUUGUUGAAGUGAAAGUAGAAACUGAUGAUGAUGAUUAUGAAGACUUAACUGGUGCUAUUGAUGACAAUACAGGUGACAGUGCUAAUAAGCCGUCAUCUUCGUACGUUCACAGUGUUCCCAUGGUGUCACAAGCACUAGCCUCACAACACGUUGUAUUAGGACACAGUUCUUCAUCCACUGGGCACCACACUGGUCAACACACAGCAGUCCAGCACAGUGGUCAAGCCAUAGCCAGAAGACAAGAACAGGUAAAGGGGCCAAGGGCUGCCUUCCAGCAACGCCGACCUCCUCGUGGCAACUACCGCUCCUACAGCCAGAAAGAGAAAGAGAUGAUAUUACAAGAGGCAAAAGGCCAUACUAUGAUAUACGUUGCUAAGAAAUAUAAUAUUCCCAAAUCCACCAUCACACACUGGAGAAGAGUUGCUUUGGAAAAACAGAAGCAAAGCGUAUCUUCACCCAUCCACGCGGCAGAUAGUUAGCCCUUUGUUUGCAUUAUUUAUGGGUCCUAGGACACUGUCACCUAUAAAGCAUUGUUUUGAUAAGGGCAUCCAAUACAGGAAAUUUUUGUAAGGGAUUCGCAGUCCCAAGAAUUUCAAGGGAAAUUGGGUAGAGGGCAAAUGUAAGGUAGAUAUCAUAUGAAUUAAUCUGUCUUUUCAAAAAUGGAUUUUUAGUUCGUGUUCAGUGAGCAGUAUUUUAAGGGUUAUCAGACACGCAUCAAAUUCAUUUUACUUUACUAAGUGUACUAAAAAAAGGUAAAGUGGAACAUGGCCAGUGAUGAGCUGUCUUUGUAACAGAGCAAAAAUUUAUUAUUUUGCUUGUUUUAUGUUGUUUUACAUAUUUUAUUGUAUAUUCUGUAUGAAAUGCUCAAAUAUAAGGCUUUAAGUUUUGGAAUGUAGAAGAUAUAUUAACAAGAUGUAUUUAGAUAAUAUAUCCAACCUAAAAAUAUACACAUCUGUUCUUUAAUUUGUCAAUUAAUUAUUUAUUUCAGUUACAUGCUUUUUCUUUUGUGCCAUUUCCCUCCUUAUCCAGGAUUUUCCGGCCAUUUGUUUUUUUUUCUCAAAAAAGUAGUUUGUCUUACUUACUAAUCACGUUUUGAGCCACUCUUGCUCUUAGAGGCCAUGUUUUAUAAUAUUUCUGACUUCAAUUAUUAUUUUUAAUUUUGAGUUUUAAAUGACUGGCAAGUCUACUUGAUUCAAAAUGACUACUUUAUCCAAGAUGGCAACCCAAAUUUUACCAAAUUUUUUUCAGUCAUGAUAAAAGCAAGCAUUUAUGAUAAAUAGAUUAUUAACAAUAUUACCCAAAUUUUAUUGUUUAUAUGCACUCUGAAGGCUUUUAUGAUCAGGAAAAAUGCAAUAUGGCUGCCAUAUGCCCCUUUCCAUUAUGAGUCAAAGGGGCAUAUUCUACUGAAAGUUCAAAUGUUAAUGAAGUGGGUUUUCAUCUGACAAAAUAUGGUAUCCCAGACAAUUGUGUAUUUUUUAUAGAGGCAAAUUUCAGAUGGUAUCUUAAUCCAAGAUGGCAACUGCAUCCAAGAUGGUGGUCAACAAACCAUGUUCGGUUUAAUUGUAUUCCCUUGAACCCAUGUUUGGCGCAGAAAGUACGAGAGACUUUCUUUGAUUUGGCUUUCUUCUUGUGAAAAAAGUUCCUGUCGCCAAGAAAAUGGAUUAUAUGUGCUUCAGACAGAUCACUAGUGGUACUGACCCUAAGAUGCUAAAACCUCUGAAUGAAGGCCAUAGCAUCCACUCUGUAUACUCAUUUUAGAUUAGAAUGUGGCAGUGUCUAAGGUGGGUUCAGGGAAACAGUCUUCAGAAGCUAGCAUAUGUAAUUGGACUCUUUCCCCAUUUAGCAUGCAAAACCCUUAGUCCCUAUAGGAGCUUCUGGCUUGCCUCAAACAAGGAUGGUUGAUACACCGCCCUUUCAUAAAUGGAAGUGUUAUUUUUGGGAGUCAGUUUCUUGAAAAGGCAAAGAGCUCUUGUAAUUGAAACUCCAUCUUGAUACAGAUUAAGCAGACCCGUAAAUUUGCCUUUUGGAUGAGAAGUGCUGAAUGUGGUGGCAUAAUUUUAUGCAAAUCUUGGUUUUGUGCUUGCUACAGAACUUCUUAAAUUUUUUCCUUGAAUUUAACAAGAUCUGUUGAUGGGGCUUUCUCUCUUGUGGCAAUGUGGAAGAGGUUAUCCAGUUUGAGCAUGUGAAUGGGUCAAUCAAGAAUUCUUCUAUUGUUUCUCUGACCUUUUUAAUCAGUUGUUGUUCUUCUCUUGAAAAGGUGCUUGACCCUCUCUGAUGCCCCAAUGCUUCUUCCUUCAUACCAGCCACUGACUGCACAUCUCAGUCACCCUAGUUAACAAGAGGGCAGAUCUAAUGUACUGACCAUGGAUUACCUGGUUUUGAAAGAUACUUUUCAGCAAGGACGUUUUACCUUCUUUGUUGUAGGUUUGCUCAAUAGCCAAGUCUGUUCAUAUAUUUUGGACUUUCUCAAGCUGCAAAUCCCAGUAGACAGCU